AUGAAGGUGAUGCCGCGGAUUCAGUGCCUUAUCGUCGUAACGCAAGAGCAAACGAGCGCAUUUACGAAUUUUGGCUACAUCAAGUACCUGUAUCAAAUGGUCGAGCCAAUUCGGUCAAAGUAUCCGAACAAGUUUAAAAUCUACACGACGAAGGCAGACCGGAAACUUCUAAUCCACACAAAGCUAGUGAUCAUCGACGAUGUCUACUUAUCCAUCGGUUCGGCCAACUGGAACCGACGUAGUAUGACGGCAGACCCCGAGCUUAACGCAGAGGUUGUGGAUGGUGAUACCGUAAAGGCACCUGAGGGGGUAACUGUGGGCAAAUUGCCUCGCGAUUUUCGCAUCCGAAAGUUCGUGGAGAUGACGGGAUUGAGCUAUGAAAAGUUGGACGCCAUGACGUUCGUCGAAGCUGCAGAUCAACUCGCCAUUGCUGCUACAAAGGCUUCCACAAUAUUGGCAGUCAACAAUGUAAAACACCGCUGGUAUUUCUUCACUAUUACGGAAUCCAUGCGAAAGAUAUCAGAUCCGCAAUUCAAUUGCAACGGCAACGCUAGCUGA